UAUAUAUAUAAAAGUGUGAGGGAUUCAGUUUUUAAAGAAUCGCAGAAAACUUGUACGCUACUCUUGUAAGUCCAAAAAGAGAGAAAGAAAGAAAGAGCGAGAGAGAGAGACUGUUAGGGUUUCUACAUCGGCGAUUAGAUCUCAUUCACAGUCAUCAUCAUGGUUCUUUUACAACCAGACCCGUUUCUUAAUGAACUCACCAGCAUGUUUGAGCGCAGCACCGAGAAGGGUUCUGUUUGGGUUACUCUUAAACGAUCAUCUUUAAAGUCUAAGGUGAAGAGGAAUAAAAUGACAACUGCUGGUGAAGCGAUUGAGUACAGAUGCCUUAUCCGUGCUACUGAUGGGAAAAAGACAAUUUCUACUUCGGUUGGAGCAAAGGAUCAUCAGCGCUUCCAAGCUUCUUAUGCAACUAUCCUUAAGGCCCACAUGACAGCUUUAAAGAAGAGGGAGAGAAAGGAUAAGAAAAAAGGUGCAGAGGGUGAUAAGAAGGAAGGGGGUGUGAAGAAGCCCAAGAGGGUGUAAAUAAGUCCCUUUUUAUUGUGUAGGCUCCUCUUUUUUUGAAAAGGGAAAAAAAAAAAUGAAAAAAGAACAAAUAUUUCAACUUUGACAAAAUGCAGGAAUUGAAGUAUAUGGGAUUUUGUUAAUUGCCCUUGUUUUGGAUGCUUCCUUCCCUUUUAAUUGAUGACAUUCUUAUGAUUGGGUAGAAAUUGUUGAUGAGAUCUAUCUCAAAUGGUACAUUCUUCCUCUGUAUAUACAGGGUAAAGAGCGAGAUUUUGAGAUGGAUUUUUUGAUUUCAAAGAUCUGGUUGAAAUUUUUUGAGAGAGUUUAAUGUAGAAACGCCUUUUGACA